AUGACAGGCGGGUACUACACUCCCCCAACUCCUCGUCCUCCUCCCGAGAACACGCUCGACGUCUUCAUGGAUGGCGACGCCGUUGCGAUCCGCGCCACCGUCACGUCGUCGCAUUACCUCGCCGCCCAGUUCGUCAACAAGAUAGCCCGCGAGCAUCACGAGGGGGGGAGGGGGAGGCUCAUAGUCGGUAUCGACAUGGAGUGGCGCGAGGACAAUGAGCCUGACAUUGUUUAUCAUCUCAGUCUCCUAUUGGUCAGAACAAUUUCAAAUAUGGCUAGCGAGUGGCGCGAGGACCAUGAGCCCGACGACAAAAAAUGUUACAAGGUUGUUGUGCUCCAGCUCUGUGUCAACCGUCGGUGCCUUGUCUUCCAACUCUACCAAGCUAGCAACGAGGUUCCACGCGAGCUCGCGGAGUUCCUCGCCGACGCAGGUGUCCGUUUCGUCGGCGUUGGGGUCGACGGCGGUGUGCGGCGACUAGCCAAUGAGUGCAACCUGAGGGUUGCCUGCGCGGUGGAUCUGAGAGACGCUGCGGCGGCCGUGCUCGGCCGGCCAGAGCUUGCGAGGGUGGGGGCUGAAGAGCCUGGCGCUCAUAGUGAUGGGCACCCGCAUGGAGAAGGCGAAAGACAUAACGAUGAGCAGAUGGGGUGA